UCUGGUAUAGUUACCUCUUGACUAUUGAGUCAGAAACGUUGUUGUCCCUUUUCAGCGCAAAUUUCGUAACAUAAAUCAGGUAUACUGCAACAUGGAAGAUACGUUUGAAAACAGCGCGAGGAAAUCAUCGACCGAGGAACGAAGAAACAGUUCGGUGCGAAAAAUAUCAAGCGAGAGACCAAACCGCCGGAUUACACUGGCUACAAUUACAUCAGGCGUUAUCAUGGAUACCAGCGACUUAAAACCUCAGCCAAUUGGCAGCGAAGAAAACGUCGCAUCAGAGCAGGAAGCAAUUGUAGCAAGGGCAACCUUGACUUUUUCCAGAAAUCCUGAUCGUAAGAUUAGUCGUGACACCACACCUCAUAUUGACAACUAUCGAACUCAACAUUCGUUGAUCCGGCCAACAUUGCCCGAACUCUUUAAUCCUAACGGAAAUAACCAGCAGCAACCAGUUGAAGAGGAGGCAGUUGAAGCACAUCACGAUAAUCGAGUAGGCGACAAAUUCGGCUGGAUCGAAGGAGUUCUCAUUCGCAACAUGAUGAGCAUUUGGGGUGUUAUGCUCUUCUUGAGGUUGACUUGGGUGGUCGGACAAGCGGGAAUAGGCGAAACUUUGAUUAUCAUCGCGAUUUCAACAUUCAUCACUUUGGUGACGGCUUUGUCCAUGUCCGCUAUCUCAACGAACGGAGAAAUCGGCGGCGGUGGAACUUACUUCGUUAUGUCGAGAGUGUUGGGUCCGGAAUUUGGCGGUUCGAUCGGAAUCAUCUUCGCCAUCGCCAAUGCGAUGGAUUGUUCUCUCAAUGUGGUUGGUUUCUCGCAAGCCGUGCAGGACAUGAUGAAGGAAUAUGGAGGCGUAAUUAUCGUCGACGGAGGAAUCAAUGAUAUUCGCAUCAUCGGCACCAUUACUUUGAUAUUCAUCUCUGCCAUCUGCGGUCUUGGAGCUAAAUAUGAAACCAAGAUGAAGGAUGUCAUGUUCGUCAUUAUGAUGGCAGCGUUUACGAAUUUCAUUACUGGGAGCAUCAUGGGGCCUUCUACCGAGGCUGAAGAAGCUAGGGGAUUCAUCGGAUAUAGCAUCGACUUGCUGAACGAAAAUUGGAAACCGGGAUAUACCGUCACUGCUGGUCAAAUGCAAAAUUUCAUAUCAGUUUUUUCUGUUUAUUUUCCAGCCAGUAUCGGUAUUCUUGCCGGAGCCAAUGUUUCAGGGGAUUUAAAGGAUCCCAACAAGGCUAUUCCUAAAGGGACUAUUUUAGCUAUUAUUAUUUGCAGCAUCUCGUACGCUGGAGUAGCAAUCAUUUGUGCGGCUACGGUUGCUCGUGCAGCAACUGGAAUCGUUGAAGAUCUUAACAAUGGAACAAAUUUGAACUGCACAAUUAACGAAUGUAAUUACGGCCUUUAUUACGACUAUCAGGCCAUGGCUUUAGUUUCUGCUUUUGGUCCACUCAAUUACGUGGGGUGCUUUGCCGCAGCUUUGAGCUCUGCCUUGUCAGAUUUCGUUUCUUGCCCAGCUCUGCUCGAAGUCAUCGCAGCCGAUAAGCUUUACCCUUACUGGAUGGUCGGCUUCUGGGGAAAAGGCUACGGGCCAUCAAACAAGCCAUUUCGUGCUUUCGCUUUUACUUUUGUAUUGGCUAUGGCUUUCGUGCUUAUCGCUGAAUUGGAUGUCAUUGCGCUGCUCAUUUCAAAUUUGUUCCUUGCUACGUUCGCACUGAUGAAUUUCUCGACAUUCCAUGUCAGCUUAAUUAAACCGAUUGGAUGGCGGCCGACUUUUAAGUAUUACAAUACUUGGUUGAGUCUGCUGACGGGAAUUCUUUCGAUCGCUUGCAUGAUGCUCAUAAGUCUUCCCACAGCCAUGAUAACAAUAGCUAUCGUCCUGUUUUUCUACUUGGUGGUUCUUUAUCGAAGCCCAGAGGUAAACUGGGGAUCAUCCACGCAAGCGCAAACCUAUCGGGCCGCGUUGAUCAGCAUUCAACAACUUGUACACAUAGAGGAACACGUAAAGAAUUACAGGCCACAAAUUCUAGUUUUAACCGGAUAUCCCGGCACUCGCCCUGCCUUGGUUGAUUUCGCCUACCUCAUUUGCAAGAAUAAUUCGCUCAUGAUCUGCGGCAAUGUCGUCGAGGAAAAGCUAACAUUUGAGGCGCGUUUAAAGUUACAACAGAAAGCCUAUAGAUACCUGCGGUUCACAAACAUCAAGGGAUUUUGUACCGUUGCAGAUAACUCGGAUCUCCAAACAGGGGCGGCUGCAAUGCUUGGCCUCGCGGGCGUAGGCAAAGUCAAGCCCAACAUCCUGAUGAUGGGGUAUAAAAAUAACUGGUCAACCUGUGACAGAAAUUCAUUGGAUCAAUAUGUGCUAACCAUACAUACGGGAUUCGAAAUGCAUGUGGCAGUGGCUAUCCUUCGUCUCAAAGAGGGAUUAGACUGCUCGGAAAUUGUGGCCGACAUCGACCAACUCAUUUCGCAAUCUUCUGAUAAAAAGGUGAAAGACAAGAAAAGAAAAACAGUUGAUAAUUCAGUGGUUUCAGCGAAGGAAAACAUACCAACAAUAGUCGAGCCUUCAACAGAGUCGACCGCUGUACAUAUAGAAAUCCGACCGGUCAAAGUAACAAAGAAAGAUCAAAAGAUAAAAAAUAAAAAGGUGGAAGAGAGAAUCGCUCUGAGGGACGUUGCCGGAAACCCACUACCAAAGAGCGUACUAAACAGUAUCGUCUUGUUCCAGAGAAAGCAGAAAAAAGACACCAUCGACGUUUGGUGGCUAAGCGAUGAUGGAGGGUUAACACUCCUGCUGCCCGUCAUCAUAAACAGCCGAUCAAAUUGGUCAGAAACUAAACUGCGCAUUUUCUGUACGGCGUCCGGGGUCCACGAACUGGAAAACGAACAGAUAGGCAUGGCAAUGUUGCUAUCGAAAUUCCGGAUUGAUUACUCCGAUCUCGUGAUUAUUACUGACGUGGAUGUUCCACCGAAAAGCAAAACCAAGAAGUGGUUCGACGACUUAAUCCGACCCCUUUUGCAAUCAGCAAAUAACGAAGGGCCUCAAUUAACGGCCGGAGAACUCGAGGCUUUCCAAUAUAAAACGGAUCGUUACCUGAGAUUGCGGGAAUUGCUGCUAGACCAUUCAUCUGAUUCGAACUUGGUUUUCAUGACCUUACCCGUAACUCGAAAAGGAGCCUUCAGUGCCCCACUGUACAUGGCUUGGUUGGAGGCACUUACUGCUAAUAUGCCACCAUUCGUGCUCGUUCGCGGAAAUCAAACAUCCGUUUUGACAUUUUACUCUUAAAAUGUUGACAUGAAAAAGCUCUGCGUCUAUGAUAUUGACUGUCGUUACUCGGUGUACUUGCAGCUUCUUCCUCUUGGCUGACUUGCAGCUCUUCCUCACUUGCAUUCUAGCAAUUGUUUUGGUUUCUGCUUACGUACGGUUUCUCAAGAGACUCCUAGACAACAUAAAGGAAAAGUUCCAAGUUUAUGAAAAAGAAAGUUAUUUAGUUAUUAUUAUUUGUUGACCUGUAUCUUGACGUUAUCAAUUACACUUCAUCGUUCCACAA